UCUUUAAAAUAGUGCUUUAUUUCUUUACAUUUCUAAUACCUGUUAUAUCUUGCAGUUGUUCCUAAGUUUAAAAAUAUUUGUCUUCUUUAUUUAACUCCUAUUCACACUGAAACAGGUGUAGUUGUCCCACUUUGAGAUGUUAAGCUGGUUUUGUUGUGAGCGCAUCCUGCAGCUGCAACUGUUCUCCAUUCUGAUGCUGAUGCCCUCCUGAGGACCACACAGCUGUGGGAAUCUUUACCGCGGCCACGGUCACCCCACCUGCGGACAUCCAGUGGUGGCAAACUAAACGAAACCUUGAGGGGUGCCACUGAAAACUCCUGGUUUCUUACAAAGAGUUUGGUGGAGUGUUAUAAAACCCCCCAGAGAUUACUUUGAUUGUUGCCUUGCAUUCCUAACAUCUUAUUAACUUGUAUGAGAAAAUGAAAUUAAAAUGACAGAUUGGCUUAAUUACAAUAUGCCACAAGCGGCCUUUCUUUUUCGUGCGUAAAUAAGCUUUUGCGCACGAACCUCGCACAUCCCCCCACCCCGCCUUGUUGUGGCCCCCCGUACUGAGGGGCUCUGAUAGGUCCGAGGGACUAAUGGGACUGGCCUGGAGGGCAGCAGUCUGCAAGAAUAUAUAAAACCUCAGCUCCCAGGAAACAUCAGUGCUGCUCGUGCGCUUUUACGCACGACAAACUGUGGCGCCCGUUUUGGCACAGUUGAGUUUUUAGAGGAUUUUUGGGCGUCGCGACCGCGACCAUGACUCUGACCGGCGACUCUGAAGCCUCACAUCAUCCCGGACUGCCUCUAAAGGAGGAUGAGGUGCAUGCAUUAGGUGAAGAAGAGUCUAUCCAGACGGGGUUGUACAGAAACGGAUGCGCUGCGGACCCUGGAUCCUCUGCAGAAUCCGGUGCUGAGUUUGACUCCUCGGAGCCGGACUCUUCGGGGGAAAGUGACAGCAGUUUCUGCGCAGGCGCUCCGACGUCCGGGAAGGUCCCGAGCGGCUCGGUGAAGCCUCCUUACUCCUACAUCGCGCUCAUCACCAUGGCCAUCCUGCAGAGCCCGCAGAAGAAGCUGACGCUGAGCGGCAUCUGCGACUUCAUCAGCAACAAGUUCCCCUACUACAGAGAGAAGUUCCCCGCGUGGCAGAACUCCAUCAGACACAACCUCUCCCUCAACGACUGCUUCAUCAAGAUCCCGAGGGAGCCUGGGAAUCCUGGCAAAGGCAACUACUGGUCCCUGGACCCUGCCUCGGAGGACAUGUUCGAUAACGGCAGCUUCCUUCGCCGCAGGAAGCGCUUCAAGAGGAGCCAACCCGAGUUUGGCAACGACGGYGUGAUGUUUUACUCCAGCUUCAGCUGCUACCGGCCGUAUCAGCAAGGCCCGCCGAACCUCACACCCGCCGCUGCAGUUCGGUACAUACCCCUGCAGGAUGGCGUCACCAUGGCCCCCUCCUCCUGUCACCCGUUUCCUCUGAACAGUCACGGGAAGAGCGACGGACCCGGACACUCCGGUGCGCGGCCGUGCGCAACAGAGCCAAAGCCCCGCGCGCAGGCGAAGUGCUCCUUCAGCAUCGACAGCAUCAUGAACAGACCUCCUCCUGUGGGUCAGCCGAACCUGGACCUGUCGCUCACACCUCACAGCGGCCUGCGGUUCAACCAGCUCGUGUCAAAUCCAAGCGUCUGCUUGGUGCCAACGCUCCUGCAGGCCUCAGGAACUCCUCUCUGUCCUCCUCCAUGGCUGAGCGCUGCUCCUUUAAGAGCUGAGAGUCUCCUGCUCUCCUACCCUCACUGCUGAGGCAUUCAGCACGUGUCCACUUUGUUGCUGUUUUAUUUCUUAAAGAAAUGUUUGAUUUGCAUGAUAUUUAUGUGCGUUUGCAGUCAGAAUUGUGUCUUUAUAGAAAAUAGUUUGAAUAAAAUGAGUGGUAAUAUAUUUCUAACGGUAGCUGAUGGGGAUUUUUUUUUGUAUAAACCAACAGGUUAAAAUAAACAUCUUGGAAAAAAAUAACAGCUCUUUUGUGUGAUGAUUUGAAAAACUAUUAAAARGCAAAUAGACAGGGACGGUGUUUAUCAUAAAACGACUUGUGAUAUUAAAAAAGAAGACAGUGUCUGUAUGCUUUAUGGUGUAAAAAUUGUGUAUGGCUGUAAAUAAAAAA